AUGUCAAGUCAAUUUAGGUUAAUUAGCCUUCUCAAUACUAAACACACAAAUUACUUCCGGCAGCAUGCAGCAACUCCCGGUAGAAAUUUUGGAGGAACUUCUCCAUGGCUCUCAGUUAAGGAUCUUCUAAGAUUCAAAUUAGUAUGCAAAAGCUGGAAAUCAAUAAUCUCCAGCCAGCACUUCAUUAACUUGCAUCUCAAGAAAUCGAUUUCGAGCUCUUCCCGCCACAGGAUUUUCAUACCGUAUCGUGAAACAUUCACUACCAUCGAUUAUUACGGCAAGGAUCAGCAUUCCGACCGAAAAAGACCGUCGGUUUACAUGCCGAGGCCUCAAGAAACUGUCGGAAAAUUCCUCGGUGGUGGAAAUUGCGAUGGUCUGCUCUGUUAUUUAGAUAUGGUUACUUUGAGAAUCUGUGUGUGGAAUCCAGCUCUCAGAAAGCACACGUAUCUCAUUAAGCCUUUCUCCGACAAUUGCGUCACAAAGUCGACACAAUCAGAAAUCGAUGAUUUAUACUUCAGGUCCUUUCACGAGGGUACCCUUCUGCGUGGAACGGUACAUUGGCUUACGGUGAGUCCUCAAAUCAACACCGUUGGUUCGAUUAAUCAAUGCGCGGUGUUUACUUAUAAUUUGGGCAGCAAAACUCUCGGAAAAUUGUCGACGCCCGUGGGAUUGGAUUCAAAUGGGGAGAUUGGAGUGAUGAAUGGGUGCCUCUCUGCAGUGUACAAUGCUCGUCGAGGUGGUUGUCCGAUUUAUGAGGUUUGGGUAAUGAAGGAAUAUGGAGUGAAAGAAUCAUGGACUAAGUUUAUGAAUAUAGCGCCACGCAUUAGCGAUCGUAUAUCUUCUUCUACGAGGUUGAAAUUGGUUGGAGUUACUGAUAAAAGCGAUCUUAUUGUAAGUUGUGCUCCAAAUUUUGAUCUACUGAUAUAUAAUGUUGUAGAAAAGAAAUCGAAGAUUCUUGUGAACUAUGGUAACGGGAGCGCAAAAGUGUAUGUUGAGACUCUCGCUUUUCCACGAUUUGCUUAA